UGCGUUGAAGCCGGAGACCGCGGCGGCCUCUACUAGGACCCUCCGCCCCGGAGCCGCCGGCCGGAGCCGCAGCCUCAGCCGCAGUGCUCCCCCCCCCACCGCCUGCCCCCUCCCCCACCGCCUCUGCCGGAGCCACCUCGCGCACUCUGGGGCAUGGCCGUCAAUGUGUACUCCACAUCUGUGACCAGUGAAAAUCUGAGUCGCCAUGAUAUGCUUGCAUGGGUCAACGACUCCCUGCACCUCAACUAUACCAAGAUAGAACAGCUCUGCUCAGGGGCAGCCUACUGCCAGUUCAUGGACAUGCUCUUCCCUGGCUGCGUGCACUUGAGGAAGGUGAAGUUCCAGGCCAAGCUAGAGCACGAAUACAUCCAUAACUUCAAGGUGCUGCAAGCAGCUUUCAAGAAGAUGGGUGUUGACAAAAUCAUUCCUGUAGAGAAAUUAGUGAAAGGAAAAUUCCAAGAUAAUUUUGAGUUUAUUCAGUGGUUUAAGAAAUUCUUUGACGCAAACUAUGAUGGAAAGGAUUACAACCCUCUGCUGGCGCGGCAGGGCCAGGACGUAGCACCACCUCCUAACCCAGGUGAUCAGAUCUUCAACAAAUCCAAGAAACUCAUUGGCACAGCAGUUCCACAGAGGACGUCCCCCACAGGCCCCAAAAAUAUGCAGACCUCCGGCCGGCUGAGCAACGUGGCUCCCCCCUGUAUCCUCCGGAAGAAUCCUCCGUCAGCCCGAAACGGUGGCCACGAGACUGAUGCCCAGAUUCUUGAGCUCAACCAGCAGCUACUGGAUUUGAAGCUAACGGUGGAUGGGCUGGAGAAGGAGCGUGACUUCUACUUCAGCAAACUUCGAGACAUUGAGCUCAUCUGCCAGGAACACGAAAGUGAGAACAGCCCCGUCAUCUCGGGCAUCAUUGGCAUCCUCUACGCCACGGAGGAAGGAUUUGCACCCCCUGAGGACGAUGAGAUUGAGGAACACCAACAGGAAGACCAGGACGAGUACUGAGGGCGGCCCCAGCCCUGGCUGACUGCACGGCUUCCGUGCCUCCCCACCCUGCUCCCACCCCUACAUUAUAAUCCUUUCCUGACAGCCAGUCGGCCGGUGCUUUGUGUCAGUGCCGCGGCAUUGGGGAGCCUGGCAAGCAGGGCUUAGGGGGAUGGGGCAGGUGAGCAGGCAGAGGCCCCUCUUCCUGUGGCACAGGCCCAGUGCGCAGGACCCCUGCCCACUCCCCACCCCUAUUUAUUUCCGUUGUCUCUAUGCUGUGUCGGCCAACACUCCCCCAGGGUGCCGUGGCCACCCGCCCAGCCAGCCACCCGCUCCCCUGACAGCCAGCAGCUGUAUAUUUGACAAAGUCAUUGGUAUAUUUUUACUUACUGGAUUUUCCUUGCACUUUACCUGUUCUUUUCCCAGGGCUGGCAGCACGGGCUCCGGGGCAGCAUGCCUGGCUUGGCUUCCCUUCCCCCGUUGCCAGGGCCGUGACUGGACUCACCGAUUCUUAUUUAUUUUGUCUUUUGACUUCCCAGUAGUUGAGGGAAAGGCUGAUGUCAGGAGAGGGAUGGGGGACUGAGGGGGUGCAGUACCUAAGGCCCUGGUGGUCAGGGAGAGGGAGGGGAGCAUGUGAGGGAUGAAAACAACCUCCUGGCACCAGGCUCGCCCACCCUUAGCCCCCAGCACCACAGCCCGGCACUGCCCUGAGGCUCCCAGCCACUCCCCUGCAGCUUGGUUCAUACCACACAGACUCUGCCCGGACCUCCUGUACGUCUGCCUUUUCUCUGCCCGCCUCCCCAACCCCAGCCCUUCAGGCCACCCAGCCUGCAUAUGUGUUCACUUUUAUUUAAAUAAACUUGUGUGGUAAAAGUCCA